AUGCAGCUCCUCAAGACCUCGAUCGCCCAGGUCGUCUUGGCCAGCUUCUUGGUCAGCUCGGCCGCUGGUGCCCCAAUAGGGCUGUCGGGCGAUAUCGCCAUCCGCAGCAACUUCCCCGCCGCCGCGGCCCCCGCCCUCUACACUCGUGAGCCCAAGAGCAUUUUUAAUAAGAUUGGGGGUGGCUUGAAGACUGCCUGGAACAAAGCCAUCAAGCCCGCCGCCAACGUCGGCCUCCAGGUCGCCGGCGUGAACGCCCAGCUCAAGAAGCGCGGUGCCGCCGAGUUCGACGAGGCCCCCGUCCUCUACACUCGUGAGCCCAAGAGCAUUUUUAAUAAGAUUGGGGGUGGCUUGAAGACUGCCUGGAACAAAGCCAUCAAGCCCGCCGCCAACGUCGGCCUCCAAGUCGCCGGUGUGGACGCCCAGCUUAAGAAGCGCGGUGCCGCCGAGUUCGACGAGGCCCCCGAAUUCCUCCAGACCCGCAGCGUUGACGAGUCUGCCGAGCACGAGGAGGCCGCCGAGUUCGACGAGGCCCCCGAGCCCCUCGAGGCGCGCGACUUCCACGAGAAGUGGGAGUAA